AUGCCUCUCCUCCGCCAGGUGAUUGUGUACCCGACGAAGAAGUCGCUGCAGAAAGUGGGCGCGGCGGGGGCGCUGAUGGGCAUGUGGCUGCUCUCCUUCCUCCUGGCGCUGCCCAACUUCAUCUGGCGAACCUUGGAGAACCACUACGUGAACCUUCCGGGGAUCGAGACCGUCAGUUUCUGCUUCGAGGACUGGCCCUCCGCCCACGGCCGCGCCUACUACAGCGUGUUCGUGAUCGUGGUGCAGUACUGCCUGCCGAUCCUCACGCUGAGCAUCGCCUACGCCCGGAUCUGCAACAAGCUCAAGUACCGCAUGGCCAACAGCUCCACCCGCUCGUCCUCGCGCUGCCGGAAGAAGGACGGACGCAUGAGGAGGACCAACACCCUCCUGGUCUCCAUCGCCCUCAUCUUCUGCUUGUCGUGGCUGCCCCUCAACCUGUACAACGUCGUCGUCGACCUCCACAACCCCUUCGGCGAGGACACGGAGUCCAUGCUGAUCGUGUACUCCGUCUGCCACAUGGCCGGGAUGUCGUCGGCGUGCUCCAACCCCCUGCUCUACGGCUGGCUCAACGACAACUUCCGCAAGGAGUUCCUGGAGAUCUUCGCUCUGCUCUGCCCCUUCUGCCCCUCCAUCGUCAACGCCUCCGCCCGGAUGAACAGCUUCAAGACCAGUCGGAUCGGCAAGGACGGCGGCUCCCUCAGGUCCCUCCCGCCUCCAGCCACCCCGUGGUGCUCUACACGAAGGCCGUCGAGGAGCAGACCUGCAACGGCAACAGCGUCGACCUGCAAGAGCAAGAGGUGA